UGAGGUAGGUAAACAGUCGGCGCGGGCCGGUCGGUUGGUGUGAGAACAGCGGCAGCUCGAGCGGCCGGGGAAGCAUGUCCGCCCUGAAGUACGCGGGGCUCGACGACACUGACAGCGAGGACGAGCUGCCUCCUGGCUGGGAGGAGAGAACCACUAAAGACGGCUGGGUUUACUACGCCAAUCAUAUUGAGCUGAAGACCCAAUGGGACCACCCAAAAACCGGAAAAAAGAAACGUGUAGCAGGAGAUUUGCCAUAUGGUUGGGAACAAGAAACAGAUGAAAAAGGCCAGGUGUACUUUGUUGAUCACAUAAACAAAAGGACUACAUACCUGGAUCCACGUUUAGCAUUUACUGUUGAAGAGGCAUCCGAGAAACCAAAUAUUCGGCAGAGAUAUGAUGGGAAUAGUGCUGCAAUGGAAAUUCUACAAGGUCGAGACCUAAGUGGCAAAGUUGUCAUUGUCACUGGGGCCAAUUCAGGGAUUGGUUAUGAAACUGCACGCUCUUUAGCUCUGCAUGGAGCACAUGUUGUCCUAGCCUGCAGAAAUCGAGCUCGAGCCAGUGAGGCUACACAAAAGAUACUGGAGGAAUGGCAUAAAGCCAAGGUAGAAGCUAUGACCUUGGAUUUAUCUUCCCUGAGAAGUGUCCAGCAGUUUGCAGAAACUUACAAGACAAGAAAACUACCCCUUCACCUAUUGAUCUGCAAUGCCGGUGUAUUUGGUUGCCCAUGGCAAUUGACAGAGGAUGGCCUAGAGACCACUUUUCAAGUCAACCACUUGGGCCAUUUCUACCUGGUACAAUUACUUCAGGAUGUUCUACGCCAUUCAGUACCUUCAAGAGUGAUUAUUGUAUCCUCUGAAUCACACAGAUUCAUUGAUAUAAAGGAUCCCUCGGGGAAGCUGGAUUUUAGUCUGCUUUCUGCUGCUAAGAAAGAUUACUGGGCCGUGCUAGCCUACAACCGGUCGAAGCUUUGUAAUAUCCUCUUCUCGAACGAGCUGAACCGCCGCCUGUCACCUCAUGGAGUAACAUCCAAUGCUUUGCAUCCAGGAAACAUGAUUUAUUCCUCAAUACACCGCAGCUGGUGGUUGUACACCCUACUGUUUGCCUUGGCUCGUCCUUUUACCAAGUCAAUGAACUAUAAAAGAACAGCAUAAGAAAAUAUACUGAACACACCUCAUAAAUCAGGAAUACACAAGUUGAUUGAGGAAUGAACAUUGGACAGAAACUAUGGGAUAACUCCCCUGUUCUUCUUCAAAAAAGUGUCAUGGGAUCUUUUACGUCCCCAAGAGCAGGAAGAUAGGCCCUCGAUUUAAUGUCUCAUCUGAAAAACAGCACCUCUGAUAGCGCAGUACUCCUUCAGUACUGUACUGGAGUGUCAGCCUUGAUUUUUGUGCCCAAGACCUGGAUGGAACUUGAACACAGAACCUUGUGAUUCAGAGGCAAGAAUGCUACCAACUGGGCUGACAGACAGCAAAAAGAUAGAACUUUCAACUCAUUAGCCUGGCCUGAAUUCCAAAUCCAGAUCCUGAGACUGAAAAGAUUAUGUUCAAACCUGCUGUGCUGCCCACCAGAAACUAGAGGCUUUAUCAUUUCUUACUAUACCGUACAUUAUACCUCACUAAUAUUGCAUAAUUUCUGAUGACACAUAGGUGAAACAGGUAUGGGUUCCCAUUGGAAGAUUAAAGGUUACAAUUCCUAUAGAUUUAGAGCUCUGCUAAUUACAAUGUUACCAAAGUUGCUAACGAUAAAAAAAUCGACCAAAUCAGACCUGACUAAUACAUUUUAGUGCAAGCCUUUUCAUAGCAUGAUACAGCACAGGAGGCCAUUCAGCCCAUCAAGCCUGUCCCAGUUCUUUCAAAGUGCUUUGCAAUUACUCCCACUCCCCUGCUGUUUCCCCA